CGUAUUGUACGGAGCCGCGGGCUUGUUUUGUUUUCAGUAGAUAUUCUCUAGUCAGUAGAUCCAGUGACGUGGCGGAGGGAGGUGGUGCGGAUCGCGCGUUAAGUUAUUGGUUCUAAAGAGACAAUAUUUCUUCAAUGGGAAUUGUUAGGUUGCCACGAAUUAGAGCUACUCGAUAAACGUAUCGCCGCGCUUCAACCCCAAAUGAGUUCAAUCAUAUUCCAUUAAUGUUCAGGCGACUUUUGAGUAUUUUCUUUUGCGAUGUGCUAUGCAUAGGCGAGUUUUGCGGUAGGUCGCGUAUCGAAAGCAAAAUGACUUCCUUGAACUUGAAGGCUAGCGACCCCGAGAGCAUUCUUUCCCUGCUACAGGACCUCGCCGACGUUCCGUGCAAUGUGGUCCAACAAAAAUUGAACAGCUACUUACAAACGGCCACUGGAUCAAAAGUGGUUUUCCUAGCUCCGAUUCUCCUGGAAACGGAGGAGAUGGUAAUACAUGUUGUGGGUGAGAAGAUUCUAGAGAGAGAGCUAAGGUUCCCAGUAAGCCAAUCCAAUGUGCUGAACCAUGUCUUGCACAGAGCGGUAAAACAUCGCAAGUCUGUAACGGCCCAUGCAACAGAACUUGACCAAGAACUUUUACAACAUCUUCACUCGGUUGUAAAUCCUGUGCCGGAUCUCUUUUUAUCUAUUCCAAUACAGCAUCCAGUCCGGCAUCACAUUGCUCUUGUUGUUUGUCUCGUGAAUUGCGAGGACCACGAGAAUGCUGAAUAUAUGUGUACAAAGAUGGUCCAGGAGUGCUUUAAGUAUUGUUUGGGCUUACUGUUGAGUACUUUGCGAUGUCAAGAAGAAACACGAUUGAAGUUACAAUGUCAAGAUUUACUGGCAGUCUCAAGAAAACUCUUCACACAUUUAGGAGAUUUGUCAGAUCUCCUGCGAGAGAUCAUGGCAGAAGCAAGAAAGCUAACUAAUGCCGAAAGAUGUUCCUUGUUUUUACUUGACCCAGAACAACAGGAUCUAGUUGCUAAAGUGUUCGAUGGUAUAUCUACAAGAGAUGUAAGCAACAUUGCUAAACAUCAGUUGCAUCCCAAAUCGGUAAAGGAAAUGCGGAUAGCUCGUGGUCAAGGCAUAGCAGGUCAUGUUGCUUCAUCAGGAAAACUACUUAACAUAAGGAAUGCUUAUGAUCAUCCGCUUUUCUACAGAGGAAUAGAUGAGGUUACAGGUUUUAAAACGCGAAACAUCCUGUGUUUUCCUAUCCGUGACGAAAAAGGAAUCAUUGGUGUGGCCCAGUUGUGCAAUAAAAUGGAUGGAUUGUAUUUUGAUGUAUGCGACGAAGAAGUGGCUACAGCUUUCAGUAUCUAUUGCGGUAUAUCCAUAAUGCACAGCAUUGUUUACAAGAAAAUUCAAGACGCCCAGGCAAGAAACAAACUCAGCAAUGAACUCAUGAUGUACCAUAUGAAGCAGGUGGAAGCCGAAUCGGUUCAAUCUUUUUUGAAUUGCCGGGAUGACCACAGUAUUAAGGACUUCGAUAAAUUUCAUUUUAGCCCUCGAACUGUACCAUACAAACACAUGCCAUGCUAUGUACUUAAAAUGUUUGGCGAGUUAGGUUUCAUUAAUACUUGGAGAAUAAGGAGAACAACACUUGCUAGAUUUAUACUGUUCGUGAAAAAAGGUUACAGAGAUGCCCCUUACCACAAUUGGGUUCAUGCAUUUUCAGUGGCUCACUUUGCUUACUUGUUGAUGGUAAAUCUAAAUCUAAUAAAAAAUGGUUACAUAACAUCUCUACAAGGCUUGGCGUUCUUGGUUUCGUGUCUUUGUCACGAUAUUGACCACAGGGGAACUAACAACUCUUUUCAAACCAAGUGCGGCACUGUUCUCGCGAGUUUGUAUAGUUCUGAAGGAUCUGUUAUGGAGAGGCAUCAUUUAGCACAGUCAAUGUGCAUUUUGAAUACCGAUGGCUGCAACAUUUUUGAGAGCCUAUCCAGUGAAGAGUACAGUGAGGUAUUAGAUUUAUUAAGGAACAACAUCCUUUCGACUGACUUAACUUCUCACUUUCGGAUGGCCGAACAACAACGUGAGAUGAUCUUAGCAGGAUUCAAGAAAGAUGAUCCUACUCAUAGAAAGCUUCUUCUAGCAAUGUUUAUGACGUGCUGUGACCUUAGUGAUCAAACAAAAGAUUGGAGGGUCACAAAGAAAACCGCGGAGCAAAUAUACGACGAAUUUUUCUCACAAGGUGAUUUAGAGAAGAGUAUGGGGACUGCACCUGCAGAGAUGAUGGACAGAGAACGUGCCUCAAUUCCGGAUCUUCAAGUGCAAUUUAUAACGAAUCUCGUACUGCCUCUUUUCAAAAAUUUGGCAGAUUUGUUCCCUGCUGCGCAACCACUUGUGGAUACAAUUAUUAACAACAAGAAUGUUUGGAAGCACGCUCGACAUCUUUUUCAAGAGUACAGUCAGAAUGGUACAAAGUCCAUGGAAAUUCUUCUGGAUCCAACUUUGGAGGAUGAAGUGCUUAAAGCAUUUGAACAAAGUGGAGAUAUCGAUCAGGAGCCAGCCUCAGAAAUGAUGGAAGAUGCUGUGGAAAGUAUUAGUAAACAUGAUCAUGAAGACGCAGAUAAAGAUUGAGAUCCUGACCAUAUAGAUAAUUAUUAGCAUUAGGUGGAAUAUCUGAUGACAUUUCCAGUCAGCCUCUUACAAUUUGGUAUUACCAGCAAUUACUCUAUAUCCUUAUACCUACUAUUUUAGCAGCGAUAGGGCUUACACGAUAUGCCAAUUUCUUUGCUGCGAAUAUGACAUUUUUUUUGGUUGCGUUUAGAAGAAAAAAAAAUGACUUAAUAAUAUUCUAAGAGGUAAACCAAAUGAAACACGUAAGCCGUGCAAACACAUCUCAGUGCUAAAGUUUUUCAAUGAAUUGAUCAUAUCUAAACUUUACCCUCAACAUGUUAUUUGGGAUACAGAUAAUGUACGAAAUUCUAAAGAAUUUGGGGUUAUAAAUCGCGAACAUAAUUUCACAAAGUUGGCUUUUCUCAACUGUGAGUCCCUGAAAAAGAAAAAAGAAUAAACAAGGUAUAUAUUUUUCGAUGGUUUAAAUUUAAGAUCAGUGUCUAAUGAUACAAGUAUUAACUUAAUUAUGUAAAAAAAAAUUUAUAGUCUACUGAAAAUAGAACGUCGAAAUUUGUUGUCACAGCCUGAGUGCAAAUAGCCGUUUAAUGUCAGUAUUUCAUGGCCAAAUUAGAAUUACUGGAACAAAGCGUACUACGAACGUAUAGAAAUGAUUAAUCAUAAAUGUACAAAACACGUAGAAUAUAUAGUUAUAAGACUUUACCCGCGAAAAUAGUAACGAAAAAUGGUUUGUUAAUAUUAAUGUUAUUCGGGAGUAAUAAUGUUUUCACCUACUGACCAAAUACUUGACGAACUCAUUGUGGUUUACUGUAGUCCAAAGUAUUCCUGUACUAAAUAAUAUGGAAAAAAAAUUACCCUAAUGUUCCACGUUAUGAAAGCUCAAAAAUUUCAUAAUUCUAAAGUAUUAGUUGGAUUUAAAUUGUGUCUGAUAUUUGUAAUUACAUAUGUAUUUUAGUCUGAUUUGGAAAUAACAGAUUGAAAUGCGUCAGCUUGUAGCUUUAAAAAAUGACAUGGUACUAAAACAAUUGCCCAGUAUUUUUUAUCAAAGUUCAGAUAGUAAUUUUUACAGUCAAUUGUAAAUCUUUAUAUCAUUAUCAAUUUUUUUAGAAGACCGUGAUUUGGUCCAAAAAUAAUCUGGACAUAUCUGCUAAAAGUGAAUGAAAUUUGAUACAUCCACACUGAUAGAAUAAGUCUCAUAAUUUCAGUAGUAGCAAUUGUAAUAUAAGUAUAUAUAAAACAUAGUUCGAUGUUUUUUUUUUUUGUUGAUCAUGUUCGAAUGCUACUGCUCAACUUUUGAAUAGUCAUCUGAUAUGGAAACAUAAUUUAACCCUCUUCACAGAGCGAUUGUUCGUCCGUAUAAAAUGCAACAUUUAAAUGUUCAUAAAAUUGACUUUUUGGACCUACAUGAACUUUUCUAAUCGAAACUAAAAAGAUUGUAGAACCGAUUAUUAAGAAUGUUUCGUAAACACUUUAUCUUACUAACUACGUCUUUGUAUUCCGAGGGAAAUCAUUGCCGGGGUAAUUGUCAAAGUAUAAUUAUUCAUUUUAAAGUCAAGAUUCUACAAAGUAUAUUAUCUUUGAUAAAACAAACAAUUAAUUCUGAACGUUGUAUUUAGAGCAACUUUUUAUAUUUAGAAUAUUCCUAUGAAUUAAAAAAUAACGAUAUGUAGGACUUUCAAUUUAAAAUUAUAAUUUUAUUCUGACUACUUUUUUAGUCGCAUAGCAAUUUUAUCAUAUCCGUAUAAUUGUAAAUAGCUCAACGUUCUAUAAUACGAAAUAACAUUAGACUAUUACCAAUCAACCUUUCUCUAUUCCAUAAUUGGAUAAACUGAGAAAAUUUAUUCAACUGAAGAACAGUGUAUUAAAUUACAAAUUAUAUAAUAUCAUAUCAGUUAGACUCAAAAAAAUUUAAUCUUGCGAUUGCAAAUGAUUUGUCCUAGAUUCACUAUACAAUACGACCACUUCAGUAUGGAAUCAAUCACAACGUAAAAUCUCAUCUAAUGUAGAGCAAUACCUGUAUUCGCUCGUGCGAAUUUGUAUUAAACAUUGUGACAGAAACUAACGAGAUUCACAUGAGGAAAAGAGUGAUUUGUCACAUUGAUUCUCUAACCGCGAUUCAAUGGCAUUCAAUUUGAUAUCAGUAUUUAGUAGCAACAGAUAAAAUUUAUCAGUCAAUACUUUAUUUGUCAUGUGAUUGUAUAAACGUGAUUCAAUCAUAUCAUUAUUCUUGUUGCAUUGAUAUUCGGCUUUGUAUAUCAAUAUUUUGUAGCAUACGUACGAAAAUUUAUAUGUACUUUUUAAUUAUUAUUAUUAUGAUAUUGAUCAUAUGUAUAUUAUUGAUGUUAACUUGAAUAGAUCCGACUUUUAUUUCAAAACGUAGGCACUGGUAUAAAUGACCCUGGCUCAAAUAUUUGCCUGUAGAAAUUUGCCUUAUUAGAUAUUUAAUGAAAUGUUGUACUUUGUUAGAAUUGCCAGAGCCAAAUGCAAAAAAAUUUGCAAUAUGCAUAUACCUAAGUAACAGGUUCAUUAGUUUGUGUAACUGUCAUAGUGUCUAGACAUAGCAUAACAAAUGAUUGUGAUUAAUGUUUAGUAUGGAAUAUGUUGCAAUGUAUGUACGAACGCAGUCUAAGGAACAAGAAAAGAAAAACGAUCUAGUCAUGCAUACGAUUUUUAUUUCGAAAAAAAGUGUAAUUUUACACAAUAUACACAACUGAGUAUUUGGUGUAUUAAA